UUUUAGGUUGGACAGCAAAAUUCUCUUUUAGACAUUUAUUGGACUCUGAAUUAUGGGUGGGCUUCGUGUUUGAUCCGUCAAACGGACGGACAGUAGAGAGAGCAGACAUACCAUGAACAACACUAUCAGCAAGGUCGCCGUUAUCGGAAGCGGAAUUUCCGGAGCUGUAUGUGCAUCGUCUCUGGCCAGAAAUGGGGUAUCCGUCACUGUCUUCGACUCCGCUAGAGGUCCUGGUGGCCGAAUGUCCCAGAGAAGAGAACUUAUUGAAGAUGGGAAGGAGCUACAAUUCGACCAUGGCGCACCUUACUUCACGGCCAGCAACACGGAUGUGUUGGGCCUUGUUCACGAAUGGGAAGCCAGGGGUUUUGUUGCCGAGUGGAAGGAGAAUUUUGGGUCCUUUGAUUGUUUCUCUAAGAAAUUCGUUGACAUUGAAAAGGAAGGAUCAAGCAAGAAGUAUGUGGGUGUCCCAGGAAUGAAUUAUAUUUGUAAAGCAUUAUGCCACGAGAGCGGAGUGGAAAGUAAGUUUGGAGUGGGUGUUGGGAGGUUAGAGUGGUUGGAGGAUGAGGAUAUAUGGUCAUUGACAGGUUUGGAUGGACAAAAUCUUGGACAUUUUAACGGUGUGGUUGCAUCAGAUAAAAAUAUAGUUUCUCCCAGGUUCACAAACGUGACAGGACGCCCACCGCCACUUGAUUUGAAUUUUCUUCCGGAGUUCGCUGCAAAGAUGAAAGAAAUUCCUGUUAGUUCAUGUUUUGCUCUCAUGCUGGCAUUUGAAGAACCUUUGCCGAUACCGGUGAAAGGCUUAUCGUUCAAAAAUUCUGAAAUUUUAAGCUGGGCAUUUUGUGACAGCAGCAAGCCAGGGCGGUCUACCACUAGUGAACAUUGGGUAUUGCAUUCUACAGAGGACUAUGCCAAUGGUGUAAUUGCUCAAACUGGACUUCAGAAGCCUACUAAUGCAACUUUGACAAAAGUGGCUGAAGAACUAUUGCAAGAAUUUCGAAAAACAGGAUUUGUCAUUUCUCAUCCAUUUUUCAGAAAAGCUCAUAGAUGGGGGAGUGCUUUUCCUGCUGCAAGUGUAGCAAGAGAGGAUAGAUGCCUUUUCGAUGGGAAGCAGAGACUGGCCAUUUGUGGAGACUUCUGUGUUAGUCCAAAUGUUGAAGGUGCAAUACUAAGUGGCAUGGCUGCAGCCUCAAAGUUUGCUGACAUCCUUAGUUGCUUAUAGCGGCAAUGUCAUGAAUUUAUAAAGCAGUUGCCCUUCUCAACAUGCAUGGAGUAGGAAGUUAUUUGCACGGGGUGUGUUUUUUCUGAUUUGCUUGGCUGAAUAGUGAUAUUAAAUGAAAACCCUAUUGUGUAUUAACUUUUACAGAGUUGGUGUUCAAUGUGAUUUAAAGAUGAAAAAGGUCUUCCUUCUCCACCUUUUCCAUGGCUUCCACGAUAUCGGAAUAAUUUUAUUCAAGCUCUUAUUGGUUUAUGUGCUACAUUCCAAGGUUCAAUCCAUGUCUGUGAUUGAUAAUUCCAUUUUGUGA